AUGAAGUACAACAAAAGAGGCCCUGAAAAGCAAAUAUCACCCGUUUUGUCAUCGUAUAACACCGUGAACUCCGUCAAAAACCUUCUUCAGAAAAUGGCAGCGGAGGUGGUGCUGCAGGUAGCUCUUCUCAUCCUAACCCUCACCAUAUUCUACACCAUCCACAAACUCUCCAAAAAAGCCCUCACCAAACUCCGAACCAACAACCGAGCCACCCUCCAAGCCACCCGCCACUUCGUUCUCGGAUCCCAGCUCCUGACCCGAGCCCGAUCCGCCCCGCACAAGACCCAGUCCCACUCCCACGCCAAAACCGCCCUAACCGAGGCCGAGAUCGCUCUAUCUCUCUCCCCCCGAGACCCGGGCCCGCACAUCCUCAAGGCCCUGGCUCUUGAUCUCCUCGGCCACCGCGCCGCCGCGUUGAGAUCGCUGGACGCGGCGUUGUCGCCGCCGUGCGUGAAGUUACUCGCGGAGAGGGAGCGUGGGGAGGCGCUGGUGAAGAGAGCGGAGCUGAAGCUGGCGGUGAAUAGACGGCGAAGGGUUGACUCGGCGGUGGAGGACCUGGUUGAGGCGGUUGGGCUGAGUGAGGGUGAGGGUGAUACGACGGCGUUUUGUUUGUUGGGUCAGUGUUACGAGUGGAAGAAUAUGAGGGAGGAAGCUAGGGAGGCGUUCGAGCGGGCCUUGAGGAUGGAUUCUGGGUCCGUUUUGGCCCGGCAAGGCUUGGACCGGUUGUGGCUUAAUCAGAGUCAAGCCCAUGAAAUUGGACCUGACUAA